AUGGAAGGCACCACAAUAGAUGGCAAAGUUAAGCGGGAUUACACUCUUAUUGCUUCAGUAAAGCGAAAGAGAUCCCUUUCAUCGCAGCAUGAGCUCAUGGAGGAAGUAGAACAGCACACAAAUGAGGUGAUGCAGCAAUACAAAGCCCUCGUUGCGCAAUCGUCUGCGUCAGGCAAUGGAGCUAGUGUAACAUUAGUGCCGAACAUUAAUGAAAUCAAUAAUCGCUAUCGUAAACUCGUAAAGAUCGGUGAGGGUAGUUUUGGUGAAGUGUUCAUCGUUUACGAUACCGUAGCUGGGACAUAUUUAACCAUGAAGCGUAUGAUCAGGUUUCUGCACAGUAGUGAGCGGUCUCUAUUUGGCCUUCAUAAUACAACCUUUCGCGAGCUGCACCUUUUGACAACACUUUCGCAUCCAAACAUAGUGCGGGCAAUAGACUAUCAUAUUCUGUCUAAUGGAACCUUAAUUGUGUUUAUGCCGGUCAUUUCUUACGACUUGGUCUCACUGAUGAGACAUUGGCAGAACAUCACCGCCUCAGGUCGCGUAACAAGCGCCUGGAGGAUGCCCCUCCCUGUUAUUAAGUGUAUCUUCAGGCAAUUGCUUGAGGCAGUGGCUUAUCUGCAUAGACAUAAAGUUAUUCACAGGGACCUCAAACCAAGCAACGUCAUGGUCGACAUGGAUGGGGUUCUAAAGUUGAUUGACUUUGGAUGGUCGAGGUACCUGGCCACAGACCUAAAUCAAAGACUAACAGGCCCUCCUUGUACCGUCAAUUACCGACCCCCGGAGCUCCUGCUGCUAGGGUGUCAUGCGACUCGCUAUCAGACGCCGCUGGACAUCUGGUGUUGCGGGUGCAUUCUUUUUGAGAUGCUGAGUGGCGGCACUCUGUUUGUAAGCGGACACAACGAGGUAGAGGCAAUUUCGAGUAUUUUUGAUUGGCUUGGGUCUCCAUCUCCGAAGAGCAACACCUAUUCAAGGGAGGGUUCUCAUUCGUUUGUAAUAGACUUCCCGCUGGGCAAGCCCAACACAUUCGCGUCGCGCUGUGCUAGUCUUUCGAUUCAGCCUAGAGAAGUCGAAUUUAUGUCCAAGAUGUUGCAGCUCGAACCAUCAGAACGCUUGCGGGCAGAAAAGCUUGCACAGGAUGAAUGGUUUAGCAUCCCCCCCUCUGCAUGCCGGCCGCCAGAUUUGAUGUUACCUGCGCACAACACAUUCCGGUGGUUAGAAUGGAAACGACGAAAGUCUCAUCAUAUAUAAAGGAUACCAAACUUCCGUGUUUUACCUACUGCUAAACGUUAAGACAUAUUUUUUUUCUACUUUA